GGGCACGCGCCGGCUUGGUCUCUCAUUGAGGAGCUUUGCAAGGAUGCGGACAUAUCGCGCCUAGGCAAGGCUGAGCUGGCGCAACCGCUCUGUACAGCGUUGCAAAUCGCCCAGAUUGACAUCUUGACUGCGUCAGGAAUCUGUCUCGACGCCAUUGUAGGCCAUUCCUCAGGUGAGAUCGCAGCGACCUACGCCGCCGGUCUCAUCUCGCGCAAGGCCGCUAUGCAAAUCGCCUACUACCGCGGCUUCUACGCUCACCUAGCCCGCGCCGGCACAAAGGAUGGCGGCGGCAUGCUGGCGGUCGGCCUCUCGCUCGCAGCGGCCUCGGAGCUGUGCCGCCAACCGGCAUUCGUUGGCCGCCUGGUGGUAGCCGCCAGCAACGCACCGCAAAGCUGCACGCUCUCUGGAGACCGGGACGCCAUGGCCGGGACUAAGGAGCAGCUGGAGCGGGACAACAUCUUUGCCCGUCCGCUGCUGCUCGACACGGCGUAUCACUCGCAUCACAUGGCUGCAUGUGCCGAUGCCUAUCUGCAGGCCCUCCUAGCUUGCGACAUUUCCGUCAAGCCAGGGAAAGGAAGAGGGCGAGGGGCGUGCGUGUGGAGUUCCAGCGUCCGGGGCGACGCUCGCCUUGUUCGACGGGGCGGCGAGGCAGAGCUUCUUGCUGCGCUCAAGGGUCCAUAUUGGGUUGCCAACAUGGUACAGAUGGUCAAGUUCUCACAGGCGCUCGAGUUGGCCGUGUGGCACGGCGGACCAUUUGACCUGGCCAUCGAACUGGGGCCACAUCCGGCUCUCAAGGGCCCCGUCGAGCAGACGCUCAAGGCGGCUUAUGGUGCCGCGCCGCCGUAUGCUAGUCUCCUCAAGCGCAAAGCAAGCGAUGUAGCUGUCGUGCAAGAGGCCAUCGGGUGCGUUUGGUCCCAGCUUGGACCGGCGCAUGUCGAUUUUAAUGGUUUCCGCGGCAUAUGGAGUGAAAGCAAUACGUCUAUCAUGACACCCAAGUUAUUAUUCGCGGAUCUGCCCGGCUACACGUGGGAUCACGACCGGGUAUCUUGGCGUGAGUCGCGCAUCUCGGGGCGGUACCGUACCCUCGCUGACACGGCACACGAGCUCUUGGGCCGACGGAUGCCCGAUGACAACGAUCACGAGCUGCGGUGGCGCAACGUCCUGCGUGUGCGUGAAAUCCCUUGGUUGAAGGGGCACGAGGUGCUUCGCGAGGUUCUGUUGCCCGGCGCCGCGUACGUCUCCAUCGCAGCCCAGGCGGCGCAAUACGUCGCCGGUUCUCGGCCCGUGGCUUCGCUGGCCGUGGAGGACGUUGACAUUCUGCGGCCAGUGGUUGUGCCUGAUAACACGGACGGAGUCGAAACAAUGUUUACCGUGCAGGUGCUACCGGCGGCGGCUGAUGACUGCAGUCCGAAUAACAAGGCUGCCCAGGUUGUGCGUGCCAAGUUUGCGUACUACGUGUGUCCAAACGAGGUGACGGACGCCAUGAUGCUCACCUGUAGUGGUAACUUAGUCAUCCUUCUCGGCCUCGCCGACUCCGGCAACGGCCCCACUUUGGCAUCGGGUCCGGUGUUACCAGGCCGGGGGCCGAUUCCGGACAACGCCGUUCAUGUCGACGGCGAAGCCAUCCACGAGAUGUUUGGCCAGAUCGGCCUUGGUUACCACGACGGAUUUGCGGCCAUGAAGAGCUGUGAGCGCGCCCUCGGCUACGCGGCCGCCACGGCAGUCUGGCCAGCCGAUGCCAGCGUCGACACCUAUGCCGAUGCUGCGUCACCGGGACCAAGCAGCGGCUCCUACGUGCUACAUCCAGUCAUUUUGGACGUGGCUUUUCAAGCCUUGUUCGUCGCACACGCAUACCCCGCGAGCCUAUUGCUCGAGAGAGCGAUGCUGCCGUCGCACAUCGAUCGCGUGCUGAGCCUACCGCGGUAG